AUGAGACUCCUGACGCUCGGUGCUGCAGCUCUGCUGGCAGUCCAGGCAGCAGGUGCUUCUGUCAGCCAUAAGCUAAAUGGAUUCACCAUUACUGAACACCCCGAUCCAACCAAACGGGAAUUAUUGCAGAAAUAUGUGACCUGGGAUGACCACUCUCUCUUUGUCAAUGGAGAGAGAAUCAUGAUCUUCAGUGGUGAAUUCCACCCUUAUAGAUUGCCAGUUCCGCCGCUGUGGACAGACGUCUUCCAGAAGAUCAAAGCCCUAGGAUUCAAUUGUGUUUCCUUCUAUGUCGACUGGGCUUUGCUCGAAGGUAAGCCUGGCGAAUACAGAGCUGAGGGCAUUUUUGCCUGGGAGCCCUUCUUCGAAGCCGCCACCAAGGCUGGAAUCUACCUGCUUGCUCGUCCCGGGCCGUAUAUCAACGCCGAAGUUUCCGGCGGUGGCUUCCCCGGAUGGCUGCAGAGAGUCAAUGGCACCCUUCGGUCAGCGGAUCCCGGGUAUUUGAAGGCCACAGACAAGUAUAGAAGCCCUCGCAAUCAUCAAGAUGCAUUUUCUUACAGCUGUCGCGAAGGCCCAGAUUACGAAUGGCGGACCCGUGAUUCUCUAUCAGCCCGAGAACGAGCUCGGGAUGCCGGCGUUGUCGUUCCUAUGAUCAGCAACGAUGCCUGGCCUGGUGGACACAAUGCUCCGGGAACUGGCGUUGGCGAAGUUGAUAUCUACGGUCAUGAUAACUACCCACUCGGAUUUGACUGUUUCCAAGCCGGCGCGUUCGAUCCAUGGGGCGGACCUGGUUUUGACAAGUGUGCUGCCCUGGUGAACCACGAGUUUGAACGCGUGUUCUACAAGAACGACUUCAGUUUUGGUGUCGCCCUUCUGAACCUUUACAUGACAUUCGGCGGAACGAACUGGGGCAACCUCGGCCACCCCGGUGGGUAUACAUCCUAUGACUACGGCUCCCCAUUGUCGGAGUCCCGCAAUAUUACCCGAGAAAAAUACAGCGAGCUGAAGCUCCUCGGAAAUUUCGCCAAGGUUUCUCCAUCUUACCUUCUGGCGACUCCUGGCAACUUGACCACGGGAACUUAUGCAGACACAUCUGACUUGGCUGUGACCCCGUUACUCGGCAAGGACACAGGUUCAUAUUUCGUUGUCCGACAUUCAGAUUACACAAGCCAAGAGAGCACCUCCUACAAGCUUCGCCUGCCCACCAGUGCUGGAAAUCUGACUGUACCUCAGCUCGGAGGGGAAUUGUCCCUUCAUGGACGAGACUCCAAGAUCCAUGUCGUUGAUUACGACGCGGCUGGGACCAACAUCGUGUACUCUACUGCCGAGGUCUUCACUUGGAAAAAGUUUGGCGAUAGCAAAGUUCUGGUUCUGUACGGCGGACCGGAUGAGCAUCAUGAGUUUGCCAUUGCCACAAAAUCUGGCGUCAAGGUUCUUGAAGGCUCCAAGUCAAGCGUUUCUUCUAAGCAGGUUGGAAAGACGGUCGUCGUUGGUUGGGAUGUUUCUUCCACUCGGGUGAUUGUCCAGGUUGGCGACUUGAAAGUGCUCCUUUUGGACAGGAACUCGGCGUACAACUACUGGGUGCCUCAGCUCGGUGCAGACGGAGCUAAGACUGACUACAGCUCGGAGAAGACCACUGCCUCGUCGAUUAUUGUCAAAGCUGGCUACCUCGUGCGGACUGCCUAUCUCCAGGGCACUGACCUCCACCUCACUGCCGACUUCAAUGCCACCACUGCCGUCGAAGUAAUAGGUGCCCCAGGAAAGGCCAAGAAUUUGAUUAUCAAUGGCAAGAAGGCUGCCCACAAAGUUGAUAAGAACGGCAUCUGGUCUACUGAGGUCAAGUACAAUGCCCCCAAGAUCAACCUUCCGAGCCUCAAGAGCUUGGAAUGGAAGUAUCUGGAUACCCUUCCGGAGCUCCAGUCCACUUAUGAUGACUCUGCUUGGACCGAUGCCGACUUGCCCACCACGAAGAAUUCCCACAACCCUCUUCGGACCCCGACUUCCCUCUAUUCGUCUGAUUAUGGCUUUCACACUGGUUACCUGGUCUACCGGGGAUAUUUCGUGGCCAAGGGUAAUGAAACCAGCUUCUUCAUCCGCACCCAGGGUGGACAAGCCUUCGGAAGCAGUGUAUGGCUGAACGGGACUCACAUUGGCUCCUGGAAUGGUCUCAAUGCCAAUGAAGACUACAAUGCGACCUACAAACUGCCUCAUCUCCAGGCAGGCAAACCAUAUGUCAUCACCGUGGUUGUUGAUAACAUGGGACUGGACGAGAACUGGACUGUGGGUACCGAGGAGAUGAAGGGCCCCCGAGGGAUCCUGGAUUACGCUCUUGAUGGCCGUGAUGCCAGCGAUAUUACCUGGAAGCUGACUGGUAACCUGGGCGGAGAGGACUACAUGGACAAGGUGCGAGGACCGCUGAACGAGGGAGGACUUUACGCCGAGCGUCAAGGCUUCCACCAACCCCAGCCACCAAGCAAGUCCUGGAAGGCGGGCAGUCCCUUGGAAGGACUGUCGAAGCCUGGAAUUGGCUUCUACUCCGCCCAGUUCGAUCUGAACAUCCCGAAGGGAUGGGAUGUUCCGCUGUACUUCAACUUCGGAAACAGCACCACCCCGCCGCCAUACCGCGCGCAGCUGUACGUGAAUGGAUACCAGUAUGGUAAAUAUGUCAGCAACAUUGGGCCUCAGAAGAGCUUCCCUGUUCCGGAAGGUAUCCUGAACUACCGCGGUACGAACUGGAUUGCCUUGACUCUUUGGGCGAUGGGCUCGGAGGGUGCAAAGCUGGAGAGCAUCGAGCUGGCGAACACUACUCCGGUGCUAACUGCGCUGGAGGAAAUUGAAGCGUCCGAGCAGCCGAAGUACACGCCGCGGAAGGGGGCGUACUGA